UUUAAACAAGGUACAAAUAUGAUAAGACAAAAAACAAAUUCCUGUAAUUACUUGGCAGGUCAGGCACUAUUUGAAAAUGGAAACGUACAGAUGACAUUUCAGGUCGAGACCCUUCUUCAAGGCAUGAAAUGUCUGUCCAUUUCCCUCCACAGAUGCUGCCUGACACACUGAGUUCCUCUAGCACUAUGUUUUGCAUUCAGUUCCAGAAUCUGCAGUCUCUUAUGCGUCCACCAUCAUGGUGGAUGUUAUUCAGCUUGAAGAUAUUUGAAUGACUGUUCAAUUCAGCUGAAAAGGCCUUGUCCUUCCGCAAUGUCUGUGGAGAUCAUUAUAACGUGCAUAACAAGUACCAAAGCAGGUGUUUGCUGCAAAAAUAUUUCAUUCAAUGGAUAUCCAGUAUAGCCAAAUAGAUGGCUUAAAACAUGGCUGUUUUACUACUGAGAUUUGCAUAAUUUCCUCUGAGUAUAUGCUUUGUUUCCUUUUUUGUUUGUGAAUGAGACAGCUGUUGGCCGAGAUGAUAGCAGAGCCUGCUUUUCUCUCGGAGUACACUAUCUUUGCUCUGGAAAGCACCAAGUGGCUUAGACCGCUGAAUAUCAACGUGAAUAUGCAAAAAACAGCAGAUCAAAGAUGUUCUCCAAAAGGCACAGAUAACUUGAAUGACGAUGGGUCAGCUGCUGGCCAGAAGACCGACUUGCAAUCUUUUGUCCAAAAACGUCAACUUCGUGCUCCAUCUUUGGAGAAUUUAUUCCGAGCUUCUUCCAAAGAAUCAGUUUUCUCAUCACCUUCAAAAGAGUCACUGCUACGAACUGCUUCAAGGGACUCACUUAAUCGAAUUGAUGCAGAUGCUCAUAUUUCUGGUACCAUCUUUGAUCCAUCGUCAGACAUUGAAAGUGAGACGGAAGAUUCUGCAGGCACUUUUGAGAGCCUUAGUCGGGACCCAUCUUCCAACCAGUUUCGUAGGAUGGAGCGGAGCUUGGGCAACUAUAGAUUCAAAUAUUCAGAGCUGGUUACUGCCUAUCGAACUUUGCAGAGAGACAAAGAAAAAAUGCAGGCAAUCUUGAGUCAGGGUCAAGAUAAAGCUCUGCGCAGAAUUGGAGAAUUACGUGAGGAGCUACAAAUGAUUCAACAAGCGAAGAAGCACAUUCAAGAUGAAUUUGAAGCGUCCCUGGAAGAGAAAGAUCAAUUUAUUGGUGUUCUGCAGACACAGGUUAUGUUACUAAAGCAAAGAAGUGUUCUUGGAGGGGGAAGUGUGGAUCUCCAAGAACCCACAGAUCAAGACUCAGUGAAGGAACAUGCAAAAACCACUCAUCAGAGCUCCUACACUGAAGAAAAUAGUGCAGAUGACCCAGACGGGUUUGGAGAGGGAGCUGGAGAUGGUGCCAAUUCCAUAGUGGUUCUUCAAAAACGUGUGAAGCGGCAAGAAAAUCUUCUACAGCGCUGCAAGGAGAUGAUUCAUGUCCAUAAGGAACGUUCUUCCCAGGUGACCAGUGAAAACGAAACUCUCCAAGAGCAAUUAGAUGAACGCUAUCAGGAGCUAGAGAAAAUAAAGGAUCUGCACACCACUGAAAAGACUAAACUGAUCACUCAGCUUCGAGAUGCAAAGAAUUUAAUUGAACAGUUGGAACAAGAUAAGGGAAUGGUGAUCGCGGAGACAAAGCGACAGAUGCACGAAACAUUGGAAAUGAAAGAAGAGGAAAUCUCUCAGCUCCGUGUAAGAAUUCAGCAGUGCACUGGACAGCGUGAAGACCUGCUUGAACAGAAAGAGAAAUCUGACAGAGCUGCAUUUGAAGAGCUUGAAAGAGCCCUGGUCGCAGCUCAGAAAUCAGAAGAUAAAUGUAAAAGGCUGAAGGAAGAAAUGGAAACUCGUAUAACAGCUGUGGAGCAAGCCGGUGAAGAAGAACGGAAAAACAUGCAGCAGGAACUCAAACGAGUUAAGCAGGAAGCUGUAAAUAUAAUGAAGAAGUCCUCUGAAGAUUAUAUUGGAGAAUUGGAAAAAAGUCAGAUGGAAGCAUUGAACUGCAAGGAGAGGGAGUUUGAGCACCAACUUCUGGUUUCCAAGCAGGAGUUUCAGGAACAGCUGAAAAUGGCUCUGGAUAAAAGUCAUGCUGAGUAUAGAGAGCAGCAGCAAGAGAAAGAACAGCAGACCUUGCUGGCAUUAGAAGAACAGGAGUUGCAAAGAGAGGCGAUCCAGGCACAAGCAGCAAAGCAAAUUCAGGAACUGCAAGGAGAAUUGGAAACCUGCAGAACGAGAGUAUUGGAAUUGGAAAGUUCACUUGUACAAACGUCACAAGGCAGUGAAAUGAAGUCAGAAGACAUUGAGGCAGAGAAGGCCACAUACAAAGAAGAAAUGAGAUCUUCAAUUGAAAAACACCAAAUGGAGCUGCAAAAUAAAAACCAGGAAGGGGAGCAAUUAUCGAUUGAAAAAUUGCAUCAGCAGCAGGCUAAAGUGGAGGAGCUUGAAAAAAGAAGUGGGGAACUAGAAGCACAGUUAAUGGAGAAUGAAACCCAAUUCCAUGCCCACAUUGAGGAAAUGAACCGAAAAACACUGGAGAAAAUUGAUCUGAAACAAACUGAAUUGGAGGAGCUGUCAGUUGAGAUGUCAGAAAUACUAAAAGUACGCCAAGAGUUGGAAAAUAAGUUAUCUUUGUUUGAGGAAGAUGUUGAGAAAAAACUAAAACAGAAGGAAAUGGACUGUGAAGAAAAAAUCAAAGCUGCAGAAAAAAACAAUGAACUGGCCAUGUGUGGAGUUGAGAAAAUAUUUACAGAAAAGUUAAACAACCUCCACCAUCUUCUUGAGGAAAAGGACAAAGAAUUGCAAGAACUGCAAACAGAAAAAGAAAGCUUGACAAAUCAGCUCGAAACAAUUCAAAAUGAAGCUGCAGCAGCUUCUGUAGAACUUGAAAUCAUGAGCCAAGCCCGAAAAUGUGAGCUGGAAAAUGCAAGAGAAAAGAUGACUUGUGAACUCGAUGACCAGCGUCGCCAGUACGAAGUACAAUUAACAGAACUGCAGAACUUGGUGAAGAACUUAGAGACUGACAAGUCGAAUCUUUGUCGAGAUUUGGAAGAAAAAGAAAAAGAAUGGCUGAACAGGCUUCAUGAGGUCACAGUUAAUUUAGAUAAUUACAAAUUGCAGGCACAAGAUUUCAAAGACUUGGAAGAAAAAAACAGUGAUUUAUUACAAAAAAUAGUUUCCCUAACCGAACAAUACGAAAGUAGAAUUGCGCAGUUGGGUUUCGAUAUUGCACUGAUACAGAAAGGUUCAGAGGAAAACCAAAAGGCACUUAAUGAGGCACUGAAUCUUCAAAAGCAACAAGCAGAAGAGUUCAGUCAACAACACGCAGCCAAACAAGAACAGUAUGACCUCCAAGUUGCUUCACUUCAUGAGGAAUAUGGAGAGAAAAUAAGAACACUUGAAACAAAAUUAGAAAAAAUCACGGGCAAUGAAAAAGAAAUGCAAGAAAACUUCCAAGUUCAGCUUUCUGAACAGGAAAUUAAACUAAAAGUAGAGCUGGAAAAGAAGCAGACGGAAUUGAUUCAAAAGGAACAAAUCUUAAAAGAAAAAAUAAUGGAAAUGGCACACACAAAUUCUACAGGAAUUAAUGAAACAGUAGCUCAGUUGGAAUCUAGUCAGAAACAACUGGAAAGUCUUAAUGAGAUGCACAAAAUAGAGGUUGCAGAACUGAAUCAAAGUUUGGUGAAUAGAUUGGAUCAGCAGAUGGAAGAACUAAAAGAAAAACAUGAGAACGAGAUUCAGGAAAAGGAACAAGAAUUCACAAAAUUGAAAAGUUGCCUGGAAGCUUCCAAUAAUGAUAAGGACAAACUAUCGAGCAAAGUCGAAGAGCUUACAGGGGAAGUUGCUUCAAGAGCAGAUAGAAUGCAACAGCUCCAAGCGGAGCUCCAAGAAGCAUCUUGCCAGGUUGGCGCUUUGUUGAAAAGUGAAAUAAUCCUUAAAACUAGAUUAGAAACACUUGAAGAGACUGCUAGUCAAACUUUACUGGCAAGAACACAGUUAGAAAACACUAUAAGUGAGUUGAAAAACACGCAUGAACAAAGCCAGGAGAGGAUUCAUGAACUUAAUUGUUUGUUGAAGGAAACGGAGGAUAAACUGCAGCUGCUAGAGACCUUGCGUGGUAAGGAAAAUGAUGAACAUGAAAAAGCACUUCAAGCAAAAUCUGUUGAAUUUGAGAAUGAAAUUGAAUUUAGGAACCAGAUCGAGCGAGUAAUAAAUUGUUUUAAUGAAGCAGAUGGAAAAAUAGAGUUGCAAAUCAAUACAUUUUCUUCUUUCUGUUUUGAUAAAAUCAGCAACCUUAGCGAGCGAAUUAAAGUUUACCAAACUCAAUUUGAGAAGAUGAAAAAGGCAUUUAUGAAAAAGAACUGUGAAAUUCGUGAUUUAGAAACUCAGGUUCAUGAGUUGAUAAACCAAAAUGUCUUAUUAAAUGAUUCAGUGCAGCAUAUCACACAACAACUGCAAAAUAAAGAGCAGGACAUUAAGGCCUUACAAGCUGAAUUACAAAUCAUUAGUGCAGAUCGCGACACACUCCAGCAAGAUAGCAAACUUAGCAAACAGCUUCUGAACGAGAAGGAGGCACACAUUGAGCAUUGUAAAACAGAAUUGGCAGAAAAUGCAAAUAUGUAUAAAUUCAUCACUCAACAGCUGGAGGAAAAAGAAUCAAACAUCUUAAGUUUCGAGGAAGAUAUAAGGAGUCUAAAGUUGCAACUUGAGCACCACGAUAUCGUCGUAGAUAAAGAAGCUAUAUCCUUGCUUAACGAACAACAUCAAGUGGAACAACAAAAGCUGCUGAACCAAAUAGAUCAACUAUCUGCGAGUAUUGAAGCUAUUUCUCAAGAGAAAAUUUCAGCUCUUGGACAGGGAGAUCAAUAUAAAAACAAGUUGGCAGAAUGGAAGAAAAGAACAGAAAUAAAAUUUGCGCAGCACAGCAACAAGAUGAAAGAGCUUGAGUCAAAUUUGACGAUGUCUGUUCAACUAAAUGAAGAGAAGGAUGGUCAAUUGUCAUCACUGAGAGCAGAGGUAGAAAAGCUGACUAAUAGUUUACAAAUUGGUAGAAAUGAAACGGAACAUGCAGAAAAUGAAAAGACAAAAUUAGUUACUGAUCUGAAUGGUCAGCUGCAAGCAGCUAAAUCCAGAAUAGCAGAACUAGAUCAAGAUAUUGCUACAAAGUCUCAGCAAUGUGAAAUUGAAGAAGUCAACAAAAAAUUGCACCAGAAGGAAAUUGAAUUGGAGGAGAUGAGGCUACAACUUGAACAAGCCCAGGCUGGAGCUUCCGAACAAUACAUCAAGUUCAAGGAUACUGAAAACAAAACUAAAAUAUUGGAGCAAGAGAUGGAAUCCCUGACUGUUGGCUUUUUGGAGAAACAAAAUGAGUGGGAGAAAUUUAAAUUAGAUCUUAAAAAUAACAAGGAGCAGGAUUUGAAGGAUUUGGAAACUAGAGUGAAAACAGAGAGUGCUACUAAAAUAGCUGAACUUAAGAGAAAAGCAGAGCAAAAAAUUGCAAAAAUAAGGAAACAGCUAACAGAUCAAAUGGAAGGGAAAGAAAAAUGCAUGGACGAACAGUUAAAAGACUUAAAUCAAAAAGUUACGCUUCAAGAUACAACGAAUGAGGCCUUGGAAGAAAAACUGAAAAGUCUAGAAGCUGCAGAAGUUUCAGAAAAAGAAGAAAAAGAGAAGUUGGUUGUUAAAUUGAGAGAAGAGCUGGAACUUGAGAAGGAGAAUUGUCUGAAAGUGUUCAGAGCAAGCUAUGAAGAAAAAGUAGCAGUUCUACAGAUGGAAUUAUCAGCAAGAGAUGAGAUAAUACAAAAAUACAAAGAAACCAGUGUUAAAACAGAUAACUUUGAUGAAAUCACUCAGCUCCAAGCGAAUAUUCAAGACCAUUUGGAAAUAGUCGGAGCAGAGAAGAUUGAACAGUGUCAAUCAGAGCUUGAACAACAAAAACAUGUGUCUCACUCUUUGUCAGAAAAAGAGAAAAUGGAUAAAUUGGAUAAUUUAAUGUUGCAGAUGAGCACAAAAGACAAACGGAUAAAUGAGAUGGAAAAGAGAAUUGAAGAGUUGCAAAGGGGAAAAGAAAUGACUGAAAAACAAAUGAUGGAGUGCCAAGGUGGUGUCACAAAGGAUGACACUGAGAUUGAGGGAACAUUAGAGAACAGUUCCAUAACUGAGGGCUAUAAAAAAGAGGUAAAGCUCCUGCAGGAGCAGUUACAGGAGAAAGUCUCUCUGCUUAAGAUCUUUGAGGAAAGUUCUGAAGAGAAGUCAAAAUCUGACUUGGAGUUAUUUAAAUUGUUAGAUGACACACGAGCACAACAAAGUCAUUUGGGUCGCCAACUGGAAGAUGCAGAAAACGAGAAACAAAAAUUGCGUAAGGAACACACUAAACUCCAGAAAGACCUACGAGCCUUGCGGAAAGAACAUGAGGCCGAAUUAGAAAUCAUUAGAAAGGAAAUAAAUGAGGAGGCUGAGAAAACAACCAAAUUGGAAUUGGAAGAUCUGCAGCUGAAACACAACUCAAUUCUCAAACAGUUAAUGCGAGAAUUCAAUACACAAUUAGCAAAAAAAGAACAAGAGCUUGAUAUAUCAGUCAAAGAGGCCAUAGGCAAAGCUCAGGAAGUUGAGGCUGAACUGCUGGAAACCCACAAGGAGGAGGUGAACCAACUCUAUAGAAAGACUGCUGAAAAGGAUGAUUAUCUAAAGAGGACAGUAAAUAAAUACGAAGAGAUUUUACAGAUUCGAGAAGAGGAAAUGACAGUUAAGGUGAAUGAAUUACAGAUGAAACUGGAGGAGUUAGAAGCCAAGCACCAACUGAGUGAUGAGGGACAUCUUACGGCAACAGAACUUCAGGCACAAUUAGCACAGAAGACUACUCUUCUCAGUGAUGCCAAACUCCAAGAACAGGAUUUUAGGGAGCAGAUUCAUUCCCUUGAAGAUCAGCUUGGAGUCCAGGAGAAACAUUCCUGUCUGUCUCCUUUUAAGAUACAGGACGGAGAUGGAAAUUAUACUGUGGAUGGUUCUGUGAUAAGUGAGCCAACAGAAGUAGAAUACCUUAAGAAGGUACUCUAUGAAUACAUGAUGGGAAAGGAAACUAAGACUUUGGCAAAAGUAAUAACCACUGUACUGAAGUUUCCAGCAGAUCAGACACAGAAGAUAUUAGAACGGGAAGAAGCUCGAUCCUCGUAUUCUUCUCCACGCACUGGCAUCUUCUGAGAGUUGGCUGUUCGUGCAUUCAUGUACCAUGUUGUUGACCUCUUGGCGACAUUAACUGCGGACGUCAUUUGCAGGUGAUGUGGAGCUGUUCAGCGAUCAUGCUGCUGGGAAGUUAUUUAUAUGGUUGCACAUGGGGAGGGGAAGGGGAAUGUAGUACUGUUAUCAAGAUAAUAUUUCUAUGGCCUUUUACUGUGAUUUGUACAAAACCUAAAAUAUAAAAUAGCUCACUAAUCAUAUUUUGAUUUUAAUUCAAAGGUUUUUGUUAAAUGGCACUAGGAUAAAUUGUGCAAUAAAUUUCUAAUGGGAGUUAAGCCGUUAAUCGACUCUGUUAAUGUUUGACUGGGAUGCUUUCUGUAUAGCUUGAUUUAUUUUUGCAAGAUCUUAUUCAUGGAGCUUCAGCCUUUGAAGGUACUGAAUAGCUGUCUAGUUUGUUUACUAUAGCUUUUGUACUUGUAUUUUGGAAAGACACUACUGUAAAUUGUAAAUACAUGAUUCAUAUCUAAGUUAAGGAAGAGGGUAACUUGUCAUAAACAUUUGGAGAAGUGAAAUAAAGUUUUAUUUACUGUA